AUGGCCUCCGUUCCGCCGCCGCCGCCGCCGCCGCCGCUCUUCUCGGCCGCCGAGGUGCAGCGGCGCUGCGCAGACGGCGCCUGCUGGGUGCGGCGCGGCGCCCGCCUCUACGACCUCACGGGCUUCGUGAGGCGCCACCCGGGGGGCGAGCAGCUGCUGCGGGCGCGCGCCGGCCGCGACGUGAGCGCCGACCUGGACGGGCCGCCGCACCGGCACUCGGACAACGCGCGCCGCUGGCUGGAGCAGUACUACGUGGGCGAGCUGCGCGGCCCCACGCAGGAUCCUCAGGAGAAUGGAACUGUGACCUCUGCCAGUGCCCAGGGCACAAAUCCUAACACGGAUCCAAAGUGUAAAUCAGUGGAUUUCGAAAAGGACCUGGUUGACUGGCAAAAGCCCUUACUGUGGCAGGUGGGCCACUUGGGAGAGAAGUAUGAUGAGUGGGUGCACCAACCUGUGGAUAGACCCCUCCGGCUCUUCCACUCAGAUUUCCUGGAGGCGUGCUCCAAGACUUCCUGGCCUGUUGUUCUCGCUGUCUGGUCCCCAUUGGUGAUGUACCUCAGCUGGUUCUACUUCAGAGCCCUCACUCAGGAUGACGUCCGACUCUUCUCAUCAUUCACCACAGAGUAUGCCAUCCCUGUGUCCAAGUACGUAUUCCCAUUUUUCUUUGGUAUUGGGAUAUUGUUAUGGAGUGCCGUAGAAUACACCCUUCACCGCUUUGUGUUCCACAUGAAGCCGCCGGCUAGCAACUCUUACCUCAUAAUGUUCCACUUCCUCAUCCAUGGCCAGCACCACAAGUCCCCGUAUGAUGGCUCCCGCCUGGUCUUCCCCCCUCUGCCUGCUUCCCUGAUAAUUGCCUUCGCCUAUGCGUUGCUCCGCCUGCUCCUCCCUGAGGCCAUCGCGGGCAUCAUCUUCACGGGCGGCCUCCUUGGCUACAUCGUCUAUGACAUGAUGCACUACUACCUGCACUAUGGGUCGCCACCCAAGGGCACCUACCUGUACAAGAUGAAGGCCUACCAUGUCAAACACCACUUUGAACGCCAGAAGUCAGGGUUUGGCAUCUCCUCCAAAAUCUGGGAUGUAGUCUUCGAUACCCUCAUUCCAGAGACCUCGGAGAAGGAGCAGUAACACCUUCCCAGCCCCCUGCUCUUUUCUCCCUGGUGCCACCCUUCCCUCUCUCUUGGCUAACACUUCCUCCCCUCACCCUUUAGCUGGUGACCCCCGCAGGAUGCCUGGGUCACUGGGUGGGGCAGCCUCACUGGCCCAAUGAGAGGUGGUAGUGAUUCCCCGAGGAUAAGAGGGCCCAGCGCCUUCCUGACGCAUCCCAGAAAAGUGAAGAAGUUGUUCUCAAGACUUCCAGUGACUGAGAAACUCCAACGUGCCCAUGUAAUGCCCUCCUGGCAGCCUGCCCACCUGAGACUCACCGUGGUGCUGAUGGCCCCACAGGCUUGCUGUAGCCUCAGUCCUGCAGCAGUGGUCAAGAGCCCUGAGUCCAAAGAGCCACAACCCUAGAGAGGAGUGAAGGAAACAGACCCAUGGGAAAAGGAACAGGGAGCUGCCCUUUGAUCCUCUCAAAGCCUCAAGUGCCUAGGGCUCCCUUGUAAGAGACCCCUGACGAUGCCCAUGGCAGUGGCCUCCACGCUCACUGCAAGGGCCAGAUUAGCUGCUGCCUCCUCCCAUCUCCCUUCCUCCCUCCUGGAGCAUGUCUUUCGUUACCCUCUAGGUCGAGGGGGCAAGCUGGUCCGUCCACUCUCUUGCUUCUGGGAGAUGGUGCCACGAGGCCCGAAGCAUAUGAAGGGUUCUCACUCAUUACCCAUGUUCUUCUGUGGAUAACUCCCUCAGUGCCUAGGUCUGAGGCUGCCUCCCACAGACACCAACCUCAAGUGCCAUUUAUAAAGCCAAAUAGCGCUUCCUAGACUCUAAUGGCCUUAGGGCCUGCCAGGCAUUCAGGAAAAGCCUGGGGACGUGGGCCUCCAGUCCCCAAACCCGCCUCUUCAGAAGCAGGGGAUGGGCCAGCGAGCAUCCAGAGGUGCUAGUCAUGAGCUGGAAGGCUGGCCAAAGACAUCACGCCUUUCCCUCCAUCACUCACACUCUAUCAUGAGAACUCAUCCUUAAUCCAUCUCUGAGGAUGCCUGGCCAGCUGGGAGGCAGGCACUACCACAGUCCUAUUGGGAAAGUGAAGUGACCAAGGUGCCUUCUCUCCUCAUCCUUCCUUGUCCCAGACAAAUCUUGUCCCGUCACUCUGUGUUCCUAGUGCCUCAGUCACCUUCUUCCCAGCUCCUCCCGACAGUUCCCAUGCCCUAAAUGUGCGGAGAUGGCUUGCCAUGUGCAUUGGCAUCUUGGGGCCUUCGUCUUCCCCUCUCCCCCAGCUCCCAGUUUUCCCCGACCCAACCUGGCUGCCCUCCCUCUGUCUCCUGCUUUGGGCCCAUGACAUGAAGCACCCUGCCCUUCCUCCUAACCAAACCCCUCGCUGCUUUAAAGUGGGUCUUAUUUAUAAGCCAUUUGAAAUUCUCCCAUCCUGGCCCUGGGCCAAGUCCGGGUUUCACAUGCUGCCUGCCUAACUCCGGGUGUGGAGCCAUGGAAGUUUAUUCUUGCUCUUGGGUUUGUUUUUCUUAUUCCCAUCCUCAGUUAGGUCUUGAAAGGUUAAAAAAAAAUCCAAUGAAUAUCAAAAGACAUGGUUUGGGCUGAUCUGUGAUUUCUAAUGUUUACCACAGAGAUAUUUAAAGGUUUUUGAAGAAGUCUAUAGAGCUGUAGUUGUGAAAUAAAGAUGUAAAUAUUGUUUAUUUUGAAAAAUAAAACUUC